UCAGAAAAAAAAAAUGGAUGAUUACGAGGAACAAGCCAGUGUAGCAAGCAAUGUUGGACGCAUGCCAAUGGAGACUUCACCGUCGAGAGGUGCGGUCAAGGUGGGUGGUUGGCGUUAUGAGGACUCGACUCGCUAUAUAGGCGAAUGGAAUCAACGCGGUCAAAAGCACGGUUUGGGUCAUUUGCAAUUUGCCGACGGUACUCGUUAUGAUGGACAGUUUGUCGAAGGCAUGAGCCACGGUUUAGGUUGUUUAUGGUUUGCUGACGGGGCCAAAUAUGAGGGAGAAUUUAUGAAUGGUUGGUUUCAUGGUCAUGGGAUAUUUUGGCGCGCUGACGGUAUGAAAUUUGAGGGUGAAUUUCGUGGUGGCAAAAUUUGGGGUCUCGGCUUAAUAACCUAUCAAGAUUUCACUCAUGGUUUUCCGCGAAAUGAAGGCUACUUUCAGGAUUGUCGUCUGUUACGUAAGCGUCGUUGUCCCGAAGUUGUGCAAAAAGCCCAAAAAUGCGCUCUCAUGGCCAGAUCACAAUGUGACCAUCCUUAUUGAUAAUCAACUAAUAAUAUA